AUGUCGCUAGCUGACAAUCUUGCACAAGUUGUUUCCUUGGGACAAACGGCAUCAGAGAACGUCAAUCAUGAUGGGAAUGCCGUUAGGACGGCGAAGCGUUCUACUAGGGAGGUUUUGGUGGCACCCACGAAGAAGCCUCUUCAUUUACUGGAUUUGCCCAUGGAUGUCCUCCAGGACAUCAUAAAAGAGGUGACUCACACGAACGAUCUAACAUCACUCGCUCUGACGUGUUCUGCCCUCCAUGCUUUGGCGAUUCCCCAAAUGUACUCUCGAUUCGAUAUAGUAUGGCCCGACACUCUAUCGUCUUCGGAUCAUCCUGCUGGAGUUGACGCUCUCUCGUACGGCCUCGCAACGCUGGUGAUGGGAGAAGACUUGUUCCACGAGACUCCGUCCGCAGGCCGUUCACCUUUUAGUAUGCGGGAAUCUGCGCAGGCACCUACGCAACAAAGAACAAUGUGGCACAUGCGGCGGGGGAAUUAUUACGCCCAAUACACUCGCAAGUUCUCCGUGGGAAAUGGCCCUUUGGCAUGGGUCCAGGAAUACGCUGUGACCAAGGAGACAGGCAAGAUGCUCGGGACACUGGUUGCCCUGGCCGUGGCUCGCAUGGUGAAUUUGGAAACAUUUAUCUGGGAUAUGCCGACGGGUGUCGUGAGGGAUGUAUGGAUGGCCCUUUCGUCCUUGGCUAACCGCCCUGGGCGUGACUGCCGCCUGGAACGCGUCUGGGUUCGCUGGCAUGAUAACACUGAAAAUGCAAUGCGCCCCACGUCAGGUUUACUUCCAUCCGCCUCGGUGUCACCUUUGGUCCGAUAUUCGCAUGUUGAAUAUCCUUCUUUAUCGAUACUGCCGCCUCUGAAAAGCCUCAGUGUGCUCGACAUCGAUGAACCGUCCUAUCUGGAAGAAAUGGCCGUACUCAUUGAUCGCUCUCGAGAUCGUCUGACUGAGCUGCGAAUUGGGAUAUCCUCAAGAGUAUACCAGUGCGAUUGGCUGAAACCUCGAAGUGCCCCUUCUGCGCAGGAGGAUGCAUCCGACGAUCUCGCACAUAAUUGGCCUAAGGCUGGCGGUGUGCUGGAAAUUCUCUCAGGAAAGUGGCAAGAUUAUCUCGGUCACAGGGAGACCUCUGUACAGCCUUCCCCGAUUAAGAAAGGCAGCGAGCAGGAGGCACCCCUUUUUACCGGGGAGCAAGUGAUGUCGCACAACGAGUUGAUUGAAACAAUCUCUGAUGGCGAUAGUACUAGUUCAGAGUCCCACUCACCGAAUCAUCUGACGGGGAAUAAGGUCGCUGCUUCAACUACAAGACGGGCUGUCCCUGAGAGGUCGGACAAGCUGCCCUCGGCAUCUUGCUACAGCACAUCUCGUACAGAAACGGCAUCUGACCGAAUUCUGAGGCUAGAGAUUCUUGAAUUGGAGCGCGUUUUCAUAUGCAUUCCUGUGAUUCUACAAGUCAUUGACUGGACACGAGUCACCACAUUGACUAUUCUUCGCUGUGACGGGCAUGAAAAGCUUUGGAGGGCGCUCCGUCGACAAUAUGCCCCUUCGGCUUUUCGAAACACUCCAAAUUAUGCGAAGAAUCAGGAUGAUCAGGCUUCUCAGUCUGAGUAUCCUCUAAGGAUAAAGCACAUUCAUACGGACUCUGUCUCCCCUUACCUAUUGCUAUUCAUCAAGGACGCCAUCGCCCGUAACACACUGGAAACCAUCUUUCUGCACGAGGCCCCCCUGUAUGACUCUAUUGUCCAUAUUGAGGCAAUCUACAGGAAUAUCAUACGGGCCCACCGCCUGAGUCUGAAAAAGAUCUUGAUCGACAGCACCGAGCGGUCGCCCAACGGAACUGAGGUGGGCACCAGUCGUUGGCGCAAGUGGAUGUUCACACGUAGAAUGAUCUCUUUCAUUACCAGCGGGCGCAUGUCAAAGCUGCGUGAGCUGUCCAUGACAAUCAAUUCCAAGGACUGGCACUAUUUCCUUCAACGACUUCCCUACAUCCCUCAUCUCCGUGCUCUUCACAUCCCGCACAUUGCCAAUCCUGUUCAUCGGAGCCCCAAAGAAUUGGGGUUGCAGAUCUUGGAUAUCGUGACUAUCCGACCAGAGGUUGGGAUCGGCUACAUUGGAAUUCAAUCCAAGUGCUAUGAGAUCGUCGAGAGCAAGCACGGCGACAAGGAUGAUGACCUAGAUGAUACAGACGAUAACCACAGCGAAGGGUUUGUUCCAGGGGGCGGACCGUGGCCAGCGUCCGACAUGAAUGAGAGCGAGGAUGAAGACGGGAUGGACAGCGUCAUGGAGUCCAGCUCCGAGCUGUCCGACUACGGGACUUCAUCUGAUGACGAAUCCAGCUCUGACUGUACACGAUCACGGACGACGUUCAGGCUCAGAGAAAUCUUGUUUUAUGAUGAUAAAAUUGCCAUAUUUAAAGCGAGACACGGUGUUCUGUAG